UGUUUUUUAGGUUUAUUUUUACAACAUGUUUUUGUUCCCUGUUUUACUCUGUUUAUGUUUUUACAACUUUGUUUGUUUAAAUUUUUGUUUUUCUGUUUCUGCCCAAACAUGUUUAUACAUAAACAAGUUUGUUUAGGUUUUUUUACAACUUGUUUUUACAACUUGUUUUUACAGCAUGUUUUUACAACGUGUUUUUACAACUUGUUUUUCUUGUUUUUGCAAACAACCUGUUUUACAACUUAUUUAAACUUGUUUUUACAACAAGUUGGUUUUAUGACAAGUUGGUUUUUUCCCAACUUGUUUUUGUCUAUUUCUACAACAAACAAAGUUGCUUGUUCGUUCAAACUUUUUUUACAACUUUUUUACAACUUUGUUUUUCUCUGUACUUUUUGUACAGUCUCUGCUAUUAUUUUCUGUCUAAUUUCCUAAUGUUUUAGGUUUAUUUUUUCUGUCUGUUUGUUCAGGUUUAUCCAUUAGGUUGUUUACCCUAUUAGCCUAUGUUUUCCCUGUAAUAUUUCAUGUUUUUCCCAUUAAAGUUUUCCUUUACAACUUUUACCCUUUAUUUCCUCUUAUGUGCGCAAUUUUUGGCGUUUGCCAGAUUUCCU